AUGACGAUUGAGUUGCUGUCAGAUACUGCGGGCAGUCUUCAUGCUGCCAUUCAAGAUACUAUCCUACUUAAGUUAGUAUGCUUUGCCGUAGCUUUAUCGAUCGCAGUUACAACAAUUUCUUCAAGAUGGUCGAGGCGCAAGAUGCCUUUGCCUCCAGGCCCAAGGUCGCUGCCUUAUAUUGGUUAUCGAUUCGGUCCAUACCCUUGGAGGGAGAUGGAAAGGAUCACACGCAAAUAUGGACCCGUCUCAAAAGUAAUGAUGGGAAGUACGCCAUUGAUCAUCGUGGGGACAGUCAAGGAUGCAAUAGAACUACUAGAGCAUAAAGGUGCAAUUUACGCCAGUCGUCCGAGAUUAGAGAUGUCAGGAGCCGUGAUGUCUGGCGGAAUGAGAACGCUGAGUUUGGAAUACGGGGAGCGCUGGUUGAAAUUUCGCAAGGCAUUGCACUCUCAACUUGACGGCCGCGCGGCAGCAUCAUAUCAAAUAGUCCAAGAAAAAGCGGCUCGUCAAGUUAUCCUGGAUAUCCUCGAUCGUCGCGCCAACUUUGAGGAUGCUUUAACGACAUAUGCGGCCUCAGUCAUUCUCAAAAUUGCUUAUGGAAAAGCAUCACAAACCACGUACGAUGAUCCUGAAGUGAGACAAGUGAAUCUAUGCCUCAAACGCUUCACUUGGGCAGCCAGACCAGGUACCUUUACCCUUGACCGCCACCCCUGGCUAAAGUUCGUGCCAUUUUGGACCUCUACCGGUCGACGCUGGCAUCAAGAAGAACUCUCGCUAUUUCGCUCCCAGAUCCAAAACGUACGUAAAAGUCGCGGUGAACGGGAUACCUGCGUGGUAUCCCACUUACUUGAUAAACAGAAGGAUCUGGCACUCUCGGAUGAUGAGCUAGCAUAUCUAGCAGGUUCACUCUUUGGUGCCGGGUCAGAUACCACAUCAGCUGCACUAUCGAUAGUAGUUUUCGCGGCCGCGUGCUUUCCCGAAGAGGUCAAGAAGGUCCAAGAGGAGCUGGACCGCGUAGUCGGCCGAGAUCGGCUCCCCACCUUCAGUGAUCAUCCAGAGCUCCCAUGCGUGACCGCAUUUUACAAUGAAAGCUUCAGAUGGAGACCUGUCAGCGCAGCAGUUACUUCAGGUUUUAUGCAUGCAGCCAUCAAAGAUGACCAUCACAAGGGACACUUCAUUCCGGCUGGCUCCUGGAUCCUCGGCAACCACUGGUCUAUAAACCGCGAUCCGUCUGUUUAUCCUGAACCCGACGAGUUCAAACCUUCGCGUUGGCUGAACGUCGAUGAAAAGACAGGAGAAGUGUCGCUGAGGUCUGAUAUACGUCACUUCGCCUACGGCUUUGGUCGAAGACGCUGCCCAGGACAAAUCGUAGCCGAUAACAGUGUAUUUAUAAAUACGGCAAACUUGCUUUGCGCAUUUGAAAUACGAAGAAAAAGAAGUGCUGACGGAAACGAUAUCCCACUUGAUUCUCGUGCCUUCACCGACUCUGCAAACUCAAGGCCUUUGCCCUUCGAGGUUGACUUUGUUCCAAGACAUUCUCAUCUAAGAAGUAUGAUAGAAGAGAUGGGUACAAGUAGGAGUGAAAUUCGGGAUUCGAAUUAA